UCAGUGCGAUAUUGUCGAAUUAUAGAGUUAGAGAAAAGUCAGAAAACCAGUCUGAACUAUGUAAUUAAGCCAACACUAUCACAUAAUCUAAGAAAAAAUUAAGCUAGAUAAUUACUGGUAUUAUACAACUUCACUUGACAGAAAACAAAAAACAAAAGUGUUCAGAUAAAUCAACAAUCGACUAAAAGAAAAGUAAGGCAGAGGUGGCCUCUGGUAGACAAUUUUGUUUAAGAUAGGAACCUAAAUAAAAAAGUUUGCAGCCAUUCUUGAGUCUUGACUAACUAAUGUGCUAAGGAUCAUCCCAACUCUCAUAUGUAUUCACACAAAUUAAAGUCUCAUAUGUAUCAUCUGAACGAUCACCAAAUGUUUUUACAGUAGUGUGAAGUGUCACUUUUUAGAAAGAGAAAGUGCCAUAAAACCAAAGCAGAUGCCCCGAAGGCCACUAUCCCAGAUUUUUGAAGAUAUCACCGUCUUUUGGGGUCUAAAGCCGUCAAUCACGUUGGUGUCUGUCUCCCACUUUUGUUGUAGUGCUAUUUCUAAUGACCACUCCGUGACACUUACAACUCGAUUACUUCAAUUAUUUCAAGAGAUAUAGUCCUUGACAGUAACAACAUCAUCCCAAAUUAUUUCAAUUCAGCCUCCUCACUCAUCCUCCUGCAAUCAAACAACAUGGAACUGAGCAAACCUCAAUUUGGAGCCUCUUCCUCUUCAUCUUCUUCCUCUUCCACCCAUUCAUUCACACACGAUGUCUUUCUAAGCUUCAGAGGGGUGGAUACACGCAACAAUUUCACAGGCCAUUUGUACAGCAAUUUGGUUAACAAGGGAAUCAAGACCUUCAUGGAUAAUGACCUCACAAGAGGAGAAGAUAUAAGAAAGGAGCUUCUCGAUGUAAUUGAAGGAUCAAGGAUUUCCAUUGUUGUAUUUUCUGCCAACUAUGCAUAUUCGAAGUGGUGCUUGGAUGAACUUGUCAAGAUCUUUCAAUGUAAAGAAUCCAAGCAACAAAUCGUUUACCCAAUUUUCUACAAGGUAGACCCUUCGAAGAUACGAUACCAGAAGGGCCAGGUUGGUGAGGCAAUUGCUCACCUUAGCAAAUACAAGGAUAACUCAGAGAAGGUGGAGAGUUGGAAGGCAGCUCUUACACAAGCAACAACUUUGUCUGGGUGGCAUAUCUCGGAUGGAGGGCAUGAAGCGAAUGUUAUUGAUGAAAUUGUUAAAGAGAUAACAACCAAAAUAAUGAAAUGCACCCCUUUAGAUGUGGCAUCAUAUCCUGUUGGAAUAGAAUCUCGUGUAGAAGAUAUACUUAAGCUCUUAAAUGUUGGGGAAGACGAUCCUCACAUGAUAGGGAUAUGGGGAAUUGGUGGAAUAGGAAAGACAACACUUGCAAAAGCUGUCUACAAUUCAAUUAGCCAUAAGUUUCAACAUAGUUGCUUCUUGGCAAAUGUGAGAGAAGAAUCAUUUUCACAUGGAGGUCUUGUCAUGCUACAAAACAAUUUUCUUUCUAAGAUUAUAGAGAGAAAUCCACCUAAUGUGACCAAUGUGGAUGAAGGAAUCACUCAGCUGAAGCAAAAACUAAGCCAGAAAAGGGUUCUCUUAGUUCUUGAUGAUGUGGACCGCUUGGAUCAGUUAAAAAAACUUGCUGGAGGGUGUGAUUGGUUUGGUCCGAGAAGUAUAAUUAUUAUAACAACAAGAGAAAUGAAUUGCCUAAGGGCUCAUAACGUCAAUCCAAUAUAUGAGGCCAAGGAAUUAAAUGAUCAAGAAGCUUUAGAGCUCUUCAAUUUCCAUGCCUUCAAAGGAAAUAUACAUAUGGAUGAUUUCUUUAACCUUUUAAAUGGUGUAAUACGUUAUGCUAAAGGGAUUCCGUUAGCUUUGGAAGUUUUGGGAUCAGAUCUAUGUAGUAAAAAUAAGGAUGAGUGGAAAGAUGCAUUAGAGUAUAACAACAAAUAUCCUAACCAAGAGAUUCAACAAGCUCUCAAAAGAAGUUACGAUGCAUUGGAGGAUCGGAUGAAGGAAGUUUUUCUUCAUAUUGCAUGUUUCUUUAAAGGUUACGAGCAAAGCUAUGUGAUAAAUGUCCUACAAAGCUGUGACCUCAAUCCUAUGUAUGGUCUCAAAGUCCUCUUAGAAAAGGCCUUGAUAAAAAUUGAGAAAGACAAUAAAAUUUGGAUGCAUGACCUUCUAGAAGACAUGGGAAAAGAAAUUGUUCGGCAAGAGUCUCCUGAUGAGACAGGACAACGCAAUAGACUGUGGCUUUAUGAGGAUGUUCGCGAGGUCCUUGAGGACAAAACAGGAACGGAUAGAAUUAAAGGCAUAGUGGUACGAGAUUACAAUUCACAAAAGAUAUGCUUGAACGGCGGAAGCUUCACAAAUUUGAAAAAUCUUCAAAUUUUUAAAGUCGAUUAUAAGAAGCUUUGUGGAGAGGGCUUGGAUUAUCUCCCCAACCAGUUGAGGGUCCUUGACUGGAUGGAGUGUCCAUUACGGUCUUUGCCGACGAAUUUUAAUCCGAGGAAACUUGGUAUAUUGCACAUGGGUGGGCCUUGCACAACUCCACUAGUGAACGAGGGAUUGAAGAAUCUGCGAUAUUUGAAAUCUAUCAAAUUGUGGUGGUGUGAUGGUCUAACAAGAAUUCCCGACUUGUCUGGAUUAACAAGCUUAGAGUAUUUGGAGCUGUCUUCUUGUGAAGAUUUAGUUGAGGUUCAUCCUUCGGUUGGCCGUCUCGAUAAGCUCGUCAUUUUGAAACUCAACUAUUGUGAAAAGCUCCAGAUGUUUCAAAAGAGGAUCAACAUGAAAUCUUUGGAAACUCUGGAUCUCUCUUGGUAUCCGCUUAAGUUCUUCCCUGAAAUCGAGGGAGACAUGAAGUCUUUGAGUCACCUGGAUCUAAGUUGGAAUCGUGCCAUCAAAGAGUUACCUUGCUCAGUUGGAAAUCUCACUGGCCUUAAAUCCUUGUCUCUAUCUCACUGUGAUAAUCUUACAAAUGUACCAUCGAGCAUUUUCUAUUCAUUGCAACGUCUGGAGGAGCUUCAUCUACAGUGCUGCUCUUACCUUGUUACAUUUCCGACAAAGUCAGAAUCACUUCCUCCUCCACCGGUCUUUUCAACUAGCCUCACGAGAUUACAAAUUGAUCUGGACGGUUGCAAGCGGCUGGAAGAAAUUUCAGAAUUUCCACGCGAAAUAGAUGGCUUAUUUGUGAAUUGUUGUGAGUCAUUGGAAAGAAUUUCAAAGUUGUCAAAAAUUUUGGAGGGUAAAGAUUCAAAAAUGUUCGGUCAGUUGGACUUGACCACCUGCUGGAGACUCUGCGACAAUCUGGCUCGUGGAGUUGAAGUUGACAAGCGACUAUUUCAUGUGGCCAAGAAGAGAAAGAAGAUGACAUCAUCACCGUCUGCGGGAACCAAAGAAUUGAUGGCAGAGGCAGACAAAUUGACGGCUCUGUUGACUCUUUUUUCUCUUGUCCGAAAUCUGAAGAAUUCCAAGUAAAAUUUUCCGCUAGUGUUCCACUUCCAAACUGGUUCACCUGCCGUCAGGAUGUGAAUUGGGAUGUGAAUAGUGAAGUGAUACAUAAAGAGCAAGAGUUUUACAUUGAAAUUCCUCAAAACUCCAAUUGGGACAACAAAGGGUUGGCUCUCUGUAUUCAAUCGUGUUUUUUUGAGGUCACUCAUUUUGUUUACAUCAAUGGAAUAAAGUUUGAUGAGAAAAUCACAUAUGGGGGUAAAGUGUGGGUGCAUUAUAUUCCAUUGGUUACAGUAAUAAGGAGGUUCAGUG